UGAGGCUGUGCUCACGCUGUGCCCACUUUAACUCAUUGAAUUUCGUUUUCUUCUAUUUGAUCUGUGAAUUGUAAUUUUCAUGUAAAACUGUGUUCAUUAAUCGAAUGUGUAUUACAUGUGUAUUCUAAAUUAUAAACAACGACUACCGAAAAACUGAAAAAGAACAAUGUAUUAAUUUUGUUAAAGAACUUGUGUAAUUAUUACAACCCACUAAGUGCAAACAAUUGAUAAGUCUUAAUAUUAUAUAGUGGAGUUUAAACAUCAAAACAAAUAAUUAAAAAAAGAGGGUUUCCUUAAUAACUAUUGCUUUUAUAACUUUACCUACUCUUGCAUGUAAUGGGAAAUAGAGAUUGGAGACCGUUUAUUUACGGCGGCCUAGCGUCGAUUGUUGCAGAGUUUGGCACUUUUCCUAUUGACACAACUAAGACUCGGCUACAGAUCCAAGGGCAAAAGAUAGAUCCUCGACAUGUUGAGUUGCGAUACACAGGAAUGGUGGAUUGUUUUGUUAAAACUUCAAAACAAGAGGGUGUUAAAGCACUUUACUGUGGUAUCUGGCCAGCAGUGCUUAGACAAGCAACAUAUGGUACUAUUAAGUUUGGGACAUAUUAUUCAAUGAAGAAGGCAUUUGCUGCCAGGCGGGCUGAUGGUGGUACUCGAGAACACUUAGCAACUAACACAUUUUGUGCUGCAUUUGCAGGAGGACUGUCUAGUGCAAUAGCUAAUCCUACUGAUGUCCUCAAAGUUAGGAUGCAGAUUGGUGAUGAGAAGCGCAACAUAGUGCGUUGCUUCAUCGAUAUAUAUAGGAUUGAAGGGGUGGCAGGACUGUGGAGGGGCGUAGCACCCACUUCGCAACGAGCGGCAUUAAUCGCAGCCGUGGAGUUGCCCGUGUAUGAUGCGUGUAAGCGUAGGCUUACUGCCCCAUUAGGGGACCGACCUCUUAAUCAUUUUGUGUCUAGUCUGCUCGCUAGUCUUGGUAGCGCAGUAGCCAGUACACCACUUGACGUUGUUAGGACGCGGCUUAUGAACCAAAGAAAUGUCAGGGAUCCAAGUAUACAGAUAUACAAAGGGACUGUUGACUGCUUUGUACAGACAGUACGCAGUGAGGGUGCGCGUGCGCUGUACAAAGGCUUCAUACCAACAUGGCUCCGUAUGGGGCCGUGGAAUAUUAUCUUCUUCCUCACCUAUGAGCAGCUUAAGGCUCUCUACUAAACAUAAAGUAUGUACUAAAAAAAUAAAAGUAUAGGAAACUCCCAUAUCUUUCCUAAACUUUUAUUUUUUUACAUUUACAUAGUUGUCAUAAAAUUAAUUUAACGUAUGAAAGGUUUGUGUAAGGGUCAGGACUAAUUCAUUCAACAUAUUAAAAUACAAUAACUUGUAUACCUGAAACAAUUAUAGCUUCAGUGAGAGUCUAACUCGGGACCUCUGGCCUAUCUAUUUACCCCCUUAUAAAUAAAAUCAGGCUUAUUUUCAUUUAGAACUUUUGUCUCUUACUCUCAAAUUCUUUGUAUGCAGUGUUGCACCGAGAAACAUAAACAUACUUAAAGGAUUCUUCUGUUCUGUUUGCCAGAUCUUCAUGGAAUUAGUUCAAUUUCUAGUUUAAGUAUAAUUUUAUUGUUUACUGUUUGUGAAUCUGUUAACUAGCCAAAUAUUAUGUAUAUUUGAAUAUACUAAAGUCAAUUUGAAAUACCUUCACUAGCAACAUUAACUAAAAUUAUAAGGUUUGGACAUAAAGUUUAAAGAAUUUAUCUGUUCUGUGCGCUUGAUAAUUCAUCAAUUUUAGAGACUGGCAAGGCACUUACCUUUUGGCGGUACCGGUUUUUAAUAAAUCACAGAAAUUUGAAAUAGCUACAUUAUAUACAACAAACAAAUAAAAAAAUAUGAUUUAUAUUCAGUAUAAUAAUUGACUUUGGUAUAAGAAACUAUAGAUUAGAUGCAAAACAUAUCAUUUAUAAGGCACAUAGUGCAGUACUUCCUAUAAUUUUAAGUUCACAUUUUGUCUUCACGACGCGUUCAAAAUUAUAUUUUAAACUUUCGUUAAGAAUCUAAAGUUUUUUUCGUUAAAAAUACAUUAAGUCUUAGAUUUGGGGGAUUCUAAUAUUACCGUAAAAUAAAAACUAUAAAUUGUCUUCACAAUGUUUUUUUUUGUUUCAAGUUUAUAUAAAAGUUUAUAUCAUACAGCAUGUAAAUAUAAUUCUUUAUGUGUAAUACACACAAGAAUACAUAGAUACAAUCUUCGCAUAUUCUGUCACGCAAUGUCGUGAAAGACAUUACAUUUACACAAUUAUAUAAUAAUUUGUUUCGUAGGUCACGCUAAUCAGGAAAUACUGGUUCAAACUAUUGUUUUGUGUUGGAUAUGUCACCGUAAAAUUGUAUAUACCGUUAGAUUGUAAUCUACCUCUCGGAAUUGUGAACUGUCGAAAGAUUGUGAACCUUAACGUACUGCUUACAAUUUUACGUAUUAUUGUUCGGGAGAUUGUAAUCUAUCGAGUUGAAACCGUCAAAUUGUGAAACGGAACGCAACUCGUCCUGAUUGGUUGGACGGCAUAUGCCCCGCGCCACCAUAUUUGUUUAUUCUACGGUCUACUAUAAAUCCGACCAUUCAGGGACAGCCUUCGGACAGUUGACAAUUUUAAGAUUGUGAUUUGACGUUUUCACUUCGAUCGAUUACAAUCUUCCGAAUAAUAAUACGUAUAAUUGUAAGCAGUACAUUGAGGUUCACAAUAUUUCGACCGUUCACAAUGUCGCGAGAUACAUUACAAUCUAACGGUAUUUACAAUUUUACGGUGACAGAUAUAAAUAGAGAUGUAGAGUAUUCUAUGGGUAUGUAUAGCUGUAGAGUAUGGCUAUAUAGAGUAAAGAUUCGGAAACGUCAAAAUAGGAUUUUGACACAUGAAAGUCAUAGAAGCAUUGGCUACAUAAAAAGCAUUGAAUUUAUUAUUUUCGCGGAGCGCGUCGUCGUAGAUAAUAUUAUCUAUACAUUAUGUUUUAUUAAAAAGAAGCUUCCUAGAAUAGACUUCUGGCUUAUAUUAUAUAGAAAAUGAUGCAAAUAUCCGAGAUAUAGCUGAAGUGAUAACUUUAAUAUGUAUUUGUGAUUUUGCAAACAUUUAUUAGUAUUGUAUUUGAUUACAUGGGAUUUUCCCGUAUUUUUACUAUUAACUUCAUGCUUUUUAUGCUGCAUUUUUUGAGUUUUUAUUUAUUUGUAUUAUUUUUAUUGGAUUGUUUUACGUUUGGUUAUAUUUAACAAGUCGUGGUUGUUGUUGAUGUUUUUAAACAAACAGUUGUACGAUAAGAAUAAUUUACGUUUAGUAGCAAUUACUACUGACGUAGAACUACGCCAUUAUCAAUAUUUUGAGAUUAAUACGAUAUACGGUAUAUUUUAUACUACAAAAAAUAGUAAUCUCAUAUACAGGUUAAAUUAUAAUAUUUUUAUUGUAUUUUAGAAUU